UCUCGAAGCCUGCAGCAGCAUCUCGACGACGGCCCAUCCGGACUACUAACCCCUUGAUCGCGCAAUACAGGCACAAUGGCGAUCGCACACAACCAGCAGAUCCCCCACAACCACUUCCGCAAGGAUUGGCAGCGCCGGGUCCGGACGCACUUCGACCAGGCCGGCAAGAAGCACAGCCGCCGUGUCGCCCGUCAGGCCAAGGCCGCGAAGGUCGCUCCCCGUCCCACCGACUUGCUCCGCCCUGUCGUGAGAUGCCCUACCAUCAAGUACAACCGCAAGGUCCGUGCCGGUCGUGGUUUCACUCUGGACGAGCUUAAGGCCGCUGGUAUCCCCCGCCUUUACGCUUCCACCAUCGGUAUCGCCGUCGAUGGCCGCCGCAAGAACCUGAGCGAGGAGUCCCUCUCCGCCAACGUCGCUCGCCUCAAGGCCUACAAGGAGCGCCUCGUCGUCUUCCCCCGCCGCUCCAACAAGGUCAAGCAGGGCGACUCCAAGGUCGACCUCGCCAAGACCGAGACCGUCCAGAACCUCUCCGCCGCCCUCCCCAUCCCCAAGGCCGUCUCCGGCUUCUCCGAGAUCUCCAAGUCCGACCUUCCCAAGAACAUCGAGGGCGGUGCCUACCGCAAGCUCCGCGACACGAGAGCCGAGGCCCGCAACAAGGGCAAGAAGGAGAAGCGCGCCCGCGACGCGGCCGAGGCCGAGGCUGCCAAGAAAUAAACGCAGCACGUCUCUGUCUUUGCUACCGCUGCUGCUCUGCUGUCGUCUCUUGUGGUGUCGGGGGGCUUUGUUUGAUGCUGCGGCUACUAGUGCAGCUAAGCUUAAGCUGCUGCAUGGAAAUGGGAUUUUCGGCUGCUGCUUUCGACACAUCAAAAACACUUUCGGAGAAGGGAAAAAAGUUCUUCGGAGGUCGGGUUGUUAUCUUCUGGCCUGGCGUGGGUUCAGUGGAAUGAGAUACUCUCAGGACAAGGUCAUAAAGAAAUUAUUGCAUUGAUCACGCCCGCUUGUGUCGAUUGCUGCCCCCUACCACUGCCCAAGUUCCCGUCGUCUAUUCGACGGGCGUAGGAAGACGCAUCGUACGAAAACGACGUGAC